UCUCUCAUUGGUUACUGUGGAACGCUUAACAUCAUGAACCCGAAAGCAUGUGCAAGUAAACCAGCGAAAGAGAAAAUUGCCGAAAUUAAACGUAAAGCAAAAGAAUGUAUCGGCAGCAGGAAAGGAGCCAAUAACAUUAUCGAUUUGUUCUGUUUUAGUCAGGAUGAUGAUCUAUCAGUUGCUGUUGCUGCCCUCAGAGGACUGCAGCAAGUUUUUGUGCAUUACCUUACAUCAAAAGAGAUGUAUGGAGAACACGAAAGAGAACAGCCAGAGCUUAGCAAAGAAGAGCAAUAUGUCUUCUGGCUUCAAGAUCAGUACAAUGCAGCACAAGAAAUUUUUCUUGAGAAGUUGAACAGUAACAAUGUAAAAUUGCAGGAAUUAGCACUUGUGGCACUUACCAAAUUUGUGGAACUGGAAGGAAAAGAUCCUCUUCAUAAAGUUCCACCUCAAGAUUUUUUCUUUCCCUGGAAACUUUAUCAUGAGAUUGUGGGAAAGUUGCUAUCAUCCACACAUAGCAUGGACGCACUUAUCAUGCGGCUGUGUGAAAUCACAGAUCAUGAUGAUGCUCGCUACUUUUUGUUGAAGGCACUGAGACAGCAACUGAGUCAAAGGCCAGCAGAGGACAGAACUGAGGUCUUCUUGAACAAUAUGAUGUGCCUGCUGGAGAAUUUGGAAUUUCCAGCUGAUCAAGAUGCUCAACUUAAAAAUUUUUGGACAAAGUCCCAAGAAGACGAUGUCCAGCAUAAAGUCUCUUCCCUGAAAGAACAUAAAAAGCUUCUGACUGCAGUUUGGAUGAAGUUUUUAAAGUCUGAGCUGUCUCCAGGCUUGUAUCGUCGAGUGCUGACCAAGCUGGAUGAAAAAGUGAUUCCUCACUUAUCUAGCCCUUUGGUGUUGAGUGAUUUUCUUACAGAGUCUUACAAAAUAGGUGGUGCUAUUAGUCUCUUGGCUUUGAACGGUCUCUUCAUACUCAUUCACAAUUACAACUUGGAUUAUCCAGAUUUUUAUCGAAAGUUAUACUCUUUGUUGGAGCCGCAAGUGUAUCAUGUAAAGUAUACAGCACGCUUCUUUCACCUUCUAGAUUUGUUCCUGUCUUCCACUCAUCUUCCUGCUUACCUGGUUGCUUCGUUCAUCAAACGAUUGUCUCGCCUAGCUCUCCGAGCGCCAUCUGCAGGUGCCAGACUCAGCAUAGUCUUGGUUCGAAAUUUGAUUGUGCGGCAUCCAAACUGUUCAGUCCUUCUGCAUAAUCCUGCCUGCACUGAGCCUCUUGCUGACCCUUUCAUAGAAGAUGAGAGUGACCCAGCAAAAACACAUGCCCUUGAAAGCAGCCUUUGGGAAAUACAAACAUUGCAGAACCAUUUUAGUCCAGAAGUUGCUCUUGCAGCAAGAGAAAUUAGCAAACCAGCAAACCAGGAAAAGGAACUUUCGUCAUUUCUUGGUUGCACUUCUGAAGAGAUGAUGGAGAUAGAAGUGAAGAAGAAGCAGCAGAAUGUAGUGAUGGCCAGUGAGUGCCCGGUGGGACUGUAUGGACGUAAACAUACUGUCAUGAAAGAACUCUUUAUUUUUUGAUAAUUGACAAAAGUGCUAGCAUGUGCACACAGUGUCUGCACUUCAGUGAAUGUAUAGUUGAUGGUUGAGACAAGAAAGGACAGUAAACAUUGUGUAUAGUAA